AUGCAAACAGCGAUAAACACAGGACUGCUGAUAUUAUCAGCGUAUGGUACUGAACACGAUGUGCCGAAUUUUAAAAGAGGAGAGGAAUCUCUGAGGCUUGAUUCAUCGAUUCUCACAUCAGAUUCAUCUGUUGCGUUGCGUUCACCAAGUAAUCCAGAAUGGAUUUCACAGUUAAUAAAUUGUUCCCCAUACAUAACAACACCGUUACAAGCUAUGCUCCUUGUUACCAUGACCAAUGGUUCUGUUAUUGAAGCGUACAAUUUUUUAACAACUGGAAAGCGUCGUCAGCCAUCAUCGUCUGAUGAAUUUAGUCCACCUCUUUGGUUAUUUGAUGAUGACAGAUCUUUGAGUUCAGAAGACGCAGAAGCAGUUGAUGAACUUGUCAAUCGUUUUGGCUGGACGGAAGUAAUUGAGCGUUGUAAAUUUUUAAAAGAUCCAGAUUAG